AGUGAUUAUCUCUGAGAAUACGGAAGUGAUCUCCAUGCAUGUGCCCGUGCUACAGUCCACGCCAACUUGCCAAGCAAGGAACUCUGUGCCGGAUCUGUGUCAGCUAUGUGACCAAUGGCAUGUGCAGCCAUAUGCAGCCUGAUCUCUGGUACUUUCCAUCUGCUCAGAUGCCAUGUUUUCAGUUGCCAUGUGCAUGACAUGUUAUCUUAAGAAAGAAGGGGAGCAACAGUUACUUCAGUUAUGCAUCUGGUGCAACAAUUUCCGCGCCGCAGGGGCAGAACUUCUUUGCUUAUUUUAAGAUGUGACCCUGGUUCUGACAGCAAUCUUCAUCUCGUUUGAGAUGUGUGGACAGAACGAAAGAAUUGCUCAAGUUCAGAUGCAGGUAUUGCAGUUGAUGCCCUGUGCUGUGCCUGAUGACUGGAAAGAGGUUCCAACUUUGUGGUAUACAGGCCAGAAUUGAGAGCCAUCUGAUUCAUAUAUAUCUCUAGUUAAAGGUGAAUGUGGAUGCUGCGGAACUGUGCUCUCAGGAGCUAACCGAACAUGGGAAUUGAGGGCAUCGUGAAGUUUGAACACUGAUAUCGACGCAAUAACCCCCAAAUCCGUGAAUGAUUACCAGAAGGAAAACAGAGGAGUAAACAAAUCCAAAACCGUCGAUAUACUAUUCCGCAAGCACCUUUUUGUUUCAGAGUCAAACACUAAAACCUGCAAGAGUAGACGGGCAGUUCGCGCUGCCACCUAAAGCUAGGACUAGAGCAGUCCUUUUCCGAUACAUGAACUGUUAUUUGGCUUUGCAGCAAUGAUGAGGUCGAGGCAAAUCAUGGUGGUGGUUGCUCAGAUAAGCGGAGCAGAGCGGGCGCUGAUUGCUCAUCAUUAGCAGGGAUGAGAGAAUCUUCCAUCAGUUGGAUCGCACUUUCAGAGGGCAGCAUGGUGCUGAGGUUACUUUCUCCCAUGCAAUGAUGCAACGCAUGUCAAGCCAGUGAAGUGGAAGAAAAGUAAGUGCUUCUGGUUUCAUUGCAGAAGGGAGUAGAGUCCUUCAGAGUUUGCACUACAUUUGCUAACAAUGGUAGUUACAGGUAAUCUGAUGAAGAAAGCAAAGAACUCCAAAAACUAGUGGUGCCGGCCCCUUGUUUCGCUUUGCAUUAGUUUAGUGUCAUCCUAAGAGCAGAGCAUAUAAAACAGAGCUCCCAGGCUUAAACAAAGCCUCGUAUCAAGCCAUUGAUUAGAACAUCAGAGCUAACCCGUUGAACACGCUAACCCGCGACUCAACACUCGUCCAAUCCAACCCCCUAUAUAUUGUCAGUCCCUUUACAAGUCUUUGCACCAGGCUAAGGAGGCAGCAGCAGCAGCAGCCUGAGACAAGAGAGAGACCCACCCACACCCACACACGCACACGCACACACACUGGCAAUGGGGGAGCAAGGCAGGGCAAGCAACAAGAUCAGGGACAUCGUGCGGCUGCAGCAGCUCCUCAGGAAGUGGAAGCGGCUCGCGCUCACGCCCAAGGCCGGCAGCAGGCACGGUGGUGGUGGUGCUGCCAGUGUCCCGCGGGGCUUCUUCGCGGUGUGCGUCGGGGAGGAGAUGAGGAGGUUCGUGAUCCCUACGGAGUACCUCGGGCACUGGGCGUUCGAGGAGCUGCUCAGGGAGGCCGAGGAGGAGUUCGGGUUCCGGCACGAGGGCGCCCUGCGGAUUCCCUGUGACGUGGAGGUGUUCGAAGGCAUCCUGAGGCUUGUGGGCGGGAAGAAGGAGGCCGUGUCCUACUGCUCUUCUUCGGAGCAUGGGAUCUUGUGCACAUGAUGGUGGUGGCCACUUGUUUUCUGUCGUCCAUUUGUUCCCAUUCUUGGUUCUUGGUUCUUCUGAGGGGGAAUAGGAGGAAGGGUUCAUCUUCUAUGAGCUUUACUUGUUCCAUUAUUGGUUCUCGAUUCUUUGAAGGAGAAGAGGAGGAAGAGUCCGUCGUCUACAAGAGAGCUUCGAUGAGCUUCACAGUUUGUACAAGAGGAUGAAACGAAGGAGUCACAUUCUUUUUGAGUAAAAUCUGAAAUAUUCGAAAUAAGUAUCUUAGGUAAAAACUCGCGCAUCAAUAAUAAUUCACUUAUUCUUUGUUCAUCAUUGUCAUAUGUAACGAAUAGGUUGACUCCUGUAAUCUGUUUCACACUGGUUUGAUUUCUUGCUCAGCACUUGUAAUAAUGAGAUGUCAACUCCAAGUGUCUGAUGAGUUGAUCUUCAAACUUUGGGUUCCUACCAUGUAGACAGUACCCAAUGUUUCCGUCUUGAUUUGCUUAAACAACCAUUCAAUGAA